AUGGCCACCUGCCCCGAGCUGCAGCCUGGGCAAGAGGCCUUGGGGCGCGGGGGGGUCCUGGCUGCCCCAGAAGACCCCGAGGAGCGGCGGGGUGCCCAGGGGGAAGGUGCCCACCCCUGUCCCCCGGAGUGCCAGGAGCUGGCUGCCGUCCCCACGCCGCAAGUCAUAAAACGUUUUCUGAAGGAGGACUCGGACGAGGCUGAGCUGACCCAGUUCCUGCGGGAUUGCCCAGCAGCUGACAGCUCCAGGAAGGUGGAGGCCCCGGAGAGCCGGCGGGAGCCCGGCCACCCCCUGGGCAGCGGGGCCAGGGUCCCCCCAGACGAAGGCAGUGACGAGAGGGACGCCAGGAUUUUCUCCCGCUCCCGGCCCGCGGAUUUCCAGCAGCACAUCGCCGCCCCCCCGCCCCCCAGCCCCAACCGCCCGCGCAGCCCCUGGGGACAGCUGGACCCCUACGACUCCUCCGAGGAUGACAAGGAGUACGUGGGCUUUGCCACGCUGCCCAACCAGGUGCAUCGCAAGUCGGUGAAGAAGGGCUUUGACUUCACCCUCAUGGUGGCAGGGGAAUCCGGGCUGGGCAAGUCCACCCUGGUCAACAGCCUCUUCCUGACGGACAUGUACAGGGACCGCAAGCUGCUCAAUGCCGAAGAGCGCAUCACGCAGACAGUGGAGAUCACCAAGCACGUGGUGGACAUCGAGGAGAAGGGGGUCAAGCUGCGCCUGACCAUCGUGGACACGCCGGGCUUCGGGGACGCCGUCAACAACACCGAGUGCUGGAAGCCAGUGGCCGACUACAUCGACCAGCAGUUCGAGCAGUAUUUCCGUGACGAAAGUGGCCUCAACCGGAAAAACAUCCAGGACAACCGAGUGCACUGCUGCAUCUACUUCAUCUCGCCCUUCGGCCACGGGCUCCGGCCCCUGGACGUGGAGUUCAUGAGAGCUCUGCACCAGCGUGUGAAUAUCGUGCCCGUGCUGGCCAAGGCUGACACGCUGACCCCUGCCGAGGUGGAGCGCAUGAAGAACAAGAUUCGGGAGGAGAUCGACCACUAUGGCAUCCGCAUCUACCAAUUCCCUGAGUGCGACUCGGACGAGGAUGAGGAGUUCAAGCUGCAGGACCAGGCACUGAAGGAGAGCAUCCCCUUCGCCGUCAUCGGCAGCAACACGGUGGUGGAGGCCAAGGGCCGGCGCGUCCGCGGGCGCCUCUACCCCUGGGGCAUCGUGGAAGUGGAGAACCCGUCCCACUGCGACUUCGUGAAGCUGCGCACGAUGCUGGUGAGGACGCACAUGCAGGACCUGAAGGACGUGACACGGGAGACGCACUACGAGAACUACCGCACACAGUGCAUCCAGAGCAUGACCCGCAUGGUGGUCAAGGAGCGCAACCGCAACAAGCUGACCCGGGAGAGCGGGACAGACUUCCCCAUCCCCGUGAUCCCCCCGGUGCCGGAUGUGGAGACCGAGAAGCUCAUCCGGGAGAAGGACGAGGAGCUGCGGCGGAUGCAGGAGAUGCUCCAGAAGAUCCAGAAGCAGAUGAAGGACUCGCACUAGCUCGUCCCUCCUCCUCCUCCUCCUCCUCGUCCUCCUCCUGGCCCCAUCAGAAAUGUUUACAUCACGCUCCUCCCGCCCGGCCCCGCUGCCAGACUCGGUACCAACACCCACCCACCACCUUAAGCUGCGGCAUCGCCUUAUCCAACCCCCAGCGCCCGCGGGGACACCCGGGGACAGUGAGGGGAUGCCGGGGACAGGGAGGGACAGGGCACCCAACCCGGCGUCCCCUGCCCUGCUCCCCCCUAAUCACUGGGGACAGCUUGGUCCCCCAGGCUUUGGUUUCCCGUUUCUCCACAGCUCUGGGGAGGGCCCUGGCCAGCCUGGUCCCCACAGCGU